UUGUUUUGUGUCGUGUUGUGUACACUGAACAAGACCAGAGUUUGUCUAUUUAUUUGUCCUUCCACGAAUCUAGAGAAACACCAACGUCAACUCAGUUACACUCUCAGUUUCAAACACUUUCCUCUCUCUCUGCAACUACAUGUUCCGAUCUACACUCUCCAACUCCAAGGCUAUGCAUUUUGUUUAGAUUUUAUAGAGCUGCCACUAACCUUCUGGGAGCUAUAAAGCAUUGGCACAGAGUCCGGUGCGGUUGAUACUAGCGGAUACACUUCGACUCCGAUGCUAUCCCUACUCUGAAAAUGGAAAACAAUCAAAGUGCUUCUGAUACACAAGACAAUUCUAUGAUGAAGUCCGUUGAUCAAAGAGAACACUCUACUAAAGGGUGUGGUGACUUAGUGACACGACGUCUGAAGAAUCGAGAGAGACAACGUAGAUACAGAGCACGUAAGCGUCUAGAAUCUGGAACCACUGAUUCUUUCGAUGUAGAACAGACAGCUGCAAUGCAAGUAGAGCUACAACCAAACAGGAAUCGCAACAAUUUUGUGACACGCAUAUAUUGUAACCGAGAUUGGAAAAAGGAUGCACGGCGGGCCCAUCUUACAAAGCGUCGAGAGAUGCACGGGUCUAUUGAUCAUUCCAUGACACCAGUUAAUGUACCCGAGGUGACAUGCUUAGGCACAGGGAACAAGUCAGAAACAAUGCUAGACAGAGAAAACCAAUCCGGAUCUUCUAACAUUGGUUAUAAUGAAACACCAAGGACCGUGCUUUGUCGUAGAGAUUGGAAAGCAGAAGCUAGAAGAAAGAAAAACUAGUGAUUUUUCUCAUGUCUUUGAAGUUAUGAGCACUUUUAAAGAGUUUUUUUUACCACUGGAUUGUCUGUUGUAUAAUAAAUUUCAUAAAGUGUAAAGAAUGCUGGAACCUGUUACAUCAUUUGUCUGGCUUUGAAGUUAUGAGCACUGAGAGAGGAAAAAAAAGUGCUUAUGUCUCAUUUUUCACUUAA